UGGAUUGGUUGCUCAGUAGCACGUGAUAAGAAGUCUUUAUUAGCUCCUUCGCCAAAGAUUUGCGUUCAGUCGGUUCCUUGUUGCAGGAGCAUUGUGUUGUCUGGUUCCAUUCUAGAGACACGUGAAUAAUCAAUCUCUCACAUCUCACAAAUACAACACCGGCCAUCAUGGUGAAACUAGCUAAGGGUGCAAAAACACAAGCUAAGCCCAAGAAGGCAGCGCCACCACCUCCAAAAGAUAUGGAUGACAGUGAUGAAGAGGAGGACUCUGAAGAUGAAAGCAGUGAGGAGGAGAUGGAAGUACCUGUGAAGAAAACGCCAGCCAAAAAAGCAGCCACUCCAGCCAAAGCAACGCCUGGAAAAGCAGCCACUCCAGCUAAAGCUACAGUCACACCAGGAAAGAAGGGGGCCACUCCAGGAGCCAAGAAUGGGAAGCAGGCAAAGAAACAAGAGAGUGAAGAAGAGGAAGAUGACUCUGAUGAGGAAGACCAGAAACCUAUUAAAAAACCAAUUGCUAAGAAAGCUGUAGCAAAGAAAGAGGAGUCUGAGGAAGAUGAUGAGGAUGAAGAUGAAUCUGAGGAGGAAAAGCCUGUUGCCAAGAGGCCUCUUGCCAAGAACCCUCCAGUUAAGGUUACACCAGCAAAGAAAUCUACAGGGAAAAAACAGGAAUCUGAUGAUGAAGAAGAUGAGUCUGAGGAAGAAAAGCCUGUUGCCAAGAAACCUCCAGCAAAGAAACCUGCAGGAAAAAAACAGGAAUCUGAGGAUGAAGAAUCAGAUGAGGAUGAAGAGGAGCCAAUGGAGGUUGCAUCAGCUCAAAAGGGGAAGAAAACUGCCCCUGCCAAAGCGGAGGAUGAUGAUGACGAUGACGACGAUGAUGAUGACGAUGAUGAUGAAGACGAUGAGGAGGAUGAUGACGAUGAACAGCAAGGCCCUGCAAAACGCAAAAAAGAAAUGCCAAAAAAUAAUGUUCCUGAGGCAAAAAAAACUAAAACUGACACUGCAUCAGAAGGUUUCUCCAUAUUUAUUGGCAACUUAAACUCCACAUUGGAUUUUGAUGAGCUUAAAGAUGCCCUGAGGGAGUUCUUUUCAAAGAAGAACCUAACCAUACAGGAUGUAAGGAUUGGAGGCACAAAGAAGUUCGGCUAUGUGGAUUUCUCUUCUGAAGAAGAGGUUGAGAAGGCUCUGAAACUGUCUGGGAAGAAGAUACUUGGUUUAGAGGUGAAGAUUGAAAAGGCAGUGGCUUUUGACAAAAAUAAAAAUGCUGAAAAUAAAAAAGAGAGGGAUUCUCGAACUCUGUUUGUGAAGAACAUUCCCUAUAGCACAAGUGCUGAAGAGCUGCAGGAGAUAUUUGAAAAUGCUAAAGAUAUUCGAAUUCCUACUGGAAAUGAUGGAUCAAAUAAAGGGAUUGCAUAUGUUGAGUUUAGCACUGAAGCUGAGGCAAACAAAGCUCUUGAAGAAAAGCAAGGAGCAGAGAUCGAAGGACGCUCUCUCUUUGUUGACUUCACUGGUGAAAAGAGCCAGAAUUCUGGAGGCAGAAGAGGGCCUGCAGGUGAUUCUAAGGUUCUUGUUGUAAACAACUUGUCAUAUAGUGCUACAGAAGAUAGUUUGCGAGAAGUCUUUGAAAAAGCAACAUCUAUUCGGAUACCACAGAACCAGGGACGGGCUAAAGGCUUUGCCUUUGUUGAGUUUUCCUCUAUGGAAGAUGCAAAAGAGGCAAUGGAUUCUUGUAACAACACAGAAGUCGAGGGAAGGUCGAUACGGCUGGAGUUUAGCCAAGGAGGUGGACCUCAAGGUGGUGGAAGGGGAGGUUCAGUACAAUCAAAAACACUCUUUGUCAGAGGACUUUCUGAAGACACCACUGAAGAAACUUUAAAGGAAGCAUUUGAUGGCUCCAUUAAUGCCAGGAUAGUAACAGACCGAGAUACUGGAGCAUCCAAGGGGUUUGGAUUUGUAGAUUUCUCUUCUGCUGAAGAUGCUAAAGCUGCCAGAGAGGCCAUGGAGGAUGGGGAAAUUGAUGGUAAUAAAGUUACUCUUGACUUCGCAAAACCUAAAGGAGAUUCCCAACGUGGAGGACGCGGAGGCUUUGGUGGCGGACGUGGAGGUUUUGGUGGCAGAGGAGGUGGCCGUGGAGGUUUUGGUGGCAGAGGAGGUGGCCGUGGAGGUUUUGGUGGCAGAGGAGGUGGAGGUGGACGUGGAAGAGGAGGAUUUGGAGGAAGAGGAGGUGGAGGAUUCGGAGGUGGAAACCAGGGUCAGGGAAAGAAGAUAAGGUUUGAUGACUGAGCAGUUUUCAUCUCCCCUUUAAAUCUCAAGCCAUCUCCCUGAAAGGACUCUGGGGGCAGGAUUCCCUUCCCCAAACAAAUCUAGCCUUGACAGAGCCUCCUGUGUGGACAUUCCAAUGUGGAAAUACAUUUUUCCUGUUAUCACCUGGAUUCCAAGUCAUUUCAUGGAAGAUGGGACUGCUUGACUGUCCUUAUACAGACUUUUUUUUUUUUUUUUUUUAAAGUGUGAGCAGAAACCCUGCUGGGACUUGGCAAAUUCUUAUGUUUUACCCACUGUACAAAAGAUUGAUUUUUUUUUUUUCUUAAUUCCUCUAGUAUUUUGCUCAAAAGUGCAGAAUGUUAAUGGUUUGUGCUUCAGCAGCUUGUCUUGUUCAAAUUAAAGAACCUCAUCUGGU